GGGGGGGGGGGGAGGUGGAUGCUCUUGUUAUGAGGCAAUAUGGUAGUAAUGAGUUGCCUGCUACCCCUGAAGUAAGUGUGUUCAAUGAUCAUGACAUCCCAGGCUUGUUCCCGGAUGGAUCUUUGAAUAAUGCCAAUGGUGAUGACGAAGCCAUGGUAGAGGAUACUGGUGUACCGUGUUCAGAAUCCAUUGACCCAAAGCAGCGACGAAGGGAGAGGGAUAGAGCACGGAGAGUGUUGAUGUCCGCCCAAGAGAAGGCGCUAAUUAACCAGCGUCGCUGGGAAGAAGGGGAAACGUGAAAAGUUGAAGAACAGUUGAGGACAAAAGCAACAGUUUAUCGUGAAAAGUUGAAGAACAGACUGCCAGUGCGGAAGGAGGGGAAACGUGAAUAUAAACGGAGACUUAAAAAAACCUUAGCCAACAACUUACACCCUGAUUCCAUCGCUAUGGCAAACCCGCAAUGGGUGCCCAAAUUUAUAUCUCCUACCCCCAUUGAACCUAUUAAAAGUACCAGUGAGUUGGAGAUUCCGGAUUUCAGCAGAGCACCUAUUUACAUCCCGCUGUUAGUUGAACAAACCUCAAAUGUUCAUCAGAUAGAGUCCGGAGUUGGACGGAGUGUACCUAGGCGCCGUGUGUUUGCGGUUGAAAGGAAUGCACUUCGAAAUCAAAGAAAUACGGAGUUCCAUGCAACCAUCGGACAAAAUCGCAUGUCCAUGGAUAAUGAAGACAUGUGUGAUGGUCAACUACCAACAGUACCCCAUGAUGAAUGGGCUCAAGAGAAUAAUUGUACGGAGCCGCUGAAGACUAUACAACAGGAAGAAAUUGAAAUAGAAUGGGCUCAAGAGAAUAAUUGUACGGAGCCGCUGAAGACUAUACAACAGGAAGAAAUUGAAAUAGGUGGAUCUGCUCCUAAGGCCAGUAGCUGGAUGGCAUCACAGUCUGAGCCUGGCGCACGAAUGCAAAUUGGCCCAGAGUUGCAGGCACAGUCUGAUAUGGUUGAGGAUGAUGGUGAUGAGGAUGUUAUUUUUGAGGAGGAUGAAGAAGAAGACGAGGGUUACCUUUUCUCCGGACAAGCUGGUGAAUUCGACGACGACGAUGUUGAUGUUUCUUUGUGUGAAGACGAUGGAGUCGGGCCAGAUCUAAUUGAUCCCUUCGGCAAAGUGUAUGACAACGUACCAUCUGAGACACAUAUGCUUGACCCGGUUGAUAACUGUGAGCACUGCAACGCAAAGAAAAUUCAAUUCGAGCCACCUGGAUUUUGCUACCGUAGUGGGAAGAUAGAUUUAUCAACUGCAGACACACCACCUGAACUCAUGAGGCUUUGGACCUGCUCUGAUGCGGAUGCUAGACACUUUCGUUCAAACAUCUAAUUCUUUAAUGGGCAUUUCUCAUUCACAUCUUUGUACUGCCAACUAGAUCGUAUGACAACCAACAUGCGAAAUGGCGGUGUUUAUA